CUUUCGCACGCUUUCUAUCCUCGCCCGCCUUCCAUCUCUACCUCUACACACACACAUACACGCAAUAUCAAAGCACAAAGGACAACAGGAUGGCGACUAUUCAACACCCCACAAAGUCCACAGAGAUCCCCGUACUCAUCAGCGGUGCGGGGCCUGUGGGGACCAUGGCAGCGAUCAUGCUCACACGCCUCGGCAUCCCCUGCAGGCUGAUCGAACGCGAACGAACUGUCUCGACAAUGUCCAAGGCCCUUUCAAUGCACGCCCGCACACUCGAGAUCCUGGAACAAACAGGUCUCAUCGACCGGUUUCUGAUUGAGGGUCACCCGAUCUCUCACUUCAACAUCUACUUCAACGGCGUCCUCUCGGUCUUCCCGGGUCUGGUUAACAGUAUUUCCCAUUACAAUUAUGCGCUCUUCCUGGAGCAGAUCAAGACCACGAGUAUCCUGCAUGAGGAGCUUGAGAGCCGGGGCGUUAAGAUCGAUCGCGGCUGGGAGCUCAUGGAUACUAAGGUCGUGAAAGAGGGUGAGAAAUCGUGGGUCGAGACGACGAUUCGAAGGGCAUUGGAUGGAGACAAUAUCAGGGCGACGGAGAGCAAGGUCCUGGGAGUGGUCGAACUGGACGCUGAGCAGGCUGGCAAGGAGUACGAGAGUGAGGUGAUCCGAUCCGAGUAUUUGAUCGCCGCAGAUGGCGGCAAAUCGGUGGUCCGUCAUAAAGUCCACAUUCGCUUCCCGGGCAGAACACUGGAGAACAAUGUCAUUCUGUUCGAUGGCAACGUGGAGACAGAUCUAGACUUGAGUAAUAUCACGGUGAUCAAUGGACGGAACAACCAGACUAUGAACGUGUUUCCGUUGAGCGACGGACAAGUUCGAGUUAUGGUUGACGGCAGCGAUCUGGACCCGACACAGGAACUCACGGAGGAGGCAUUCCAGAAGAUCGCACAGGCAGCGGCCACGCCCGCAAAAUUCUUGGUCAAGAGCACGUCCUGGCUGACAUUCUACAAAGUGAACGAGCGUCAGGCUGCCUCGUUCUCGUACAAGAACAGAGUCUUUUUGGCGGGCGAUGCAGCCCAUGUGCAUUCACCUGCUGGCGGACAGGGCAUGAAUUUGGGAUUGCAAGAUGCCUACAACCUGACCUGGAAAAUGGCAUUGGUCCUCAACCGCCUUGCUGACCCCAAACUGUUGGAGACAUAUGAGAAUGAGAGGGCACCCGUGGCGAGCAAUGUUAUCAAGAUGUCCGCGGCCAUGUUCGCGACAGGGUUCUCGCGGCAAUUGAUGAGAAGAAUUGUUCGAAAGGCCAUUACCUCAUUCGCCUCGGUCCUCAUCCGCUUUGUCAGAGUUCCCUCUGGCACGGUCUCCAUGCUGACGAUCAGGUACUACGAAAACAUGAUCAACCAGCAUCAUAAAACCCAGGCUGUGCCAGCAGAGGAGUUCCAGGUCGGUCAACGCGCUCACGAUGGCCCUCUGGUCAGAGUCCUGGCUGGUGGUCAACAGAGCGGCGAGACGAUCCGUCUGCACCAGCUCAUUACUGGACCAGGCACCUUCCACAUCCUUGUUUUCACUUCAGACAUGCUCAGUGUUACCACCUCUAUCUCCAAAAAGACUGGCAGCCAUCACAUCGCCCUUACGAACGAGACACAGUUGAAGAAGGAUAUCGAGCACCGUCUUCAAGAAUGGCGCGCCAAGUGGGCCUUUGGGACCCAUCGCUUCCAACAAGAGCAAGCACAACUAAAAGAGAAGAGACCUCUGUUCAGUGUCCAUGUCAUCGGCGCCUUGUCCGAGACCCUUUCCGGACCACAAUUUGUCGAUCCAUCCAAGAUCAAAGCGGACUCGUUGUCUUCAAAGGAGGAGGGUGAGGGCAGACUGUAUUUUGACGACUCGAGGACCUUGCAUGAGAGGUAUGGCGUUCCUGUGAAGGCGGGACCCGGAGCCAUUGUGGUCAUCCGCCCUGAUUCGCACGUGGGCUAUAGAGUGCAAGGCGCUGGUGAGCAGGCAUGGCAGGAUGUAGAUGAGUACCUGCACUCGAUCUUCAAUACGCGUCCUUGAAUCAACUCAAUAAACAUGGAC